CUUCGGCUUGUCGUACUUUGUAGAAACAAACUGAGAAACAAACUUCGUGAAGAAAAUGUGCGGGAAUAUGAUUUCCGGGCGACCGUAGCCUAAAUAUAUCAUUCUCACUUUCGCUGCCUCCAAUGGCCUCCUUGCGAUGCAGACCAAGUAUCAGCUCUACAUCGGCGCGUCCGUCCUUGCGGGCGUGCUUCUCACUCUUGGAUUCAAGGACGUAUAUCCGGAUCUAGAACGGCGAUAUCGACAAAGAAAACGGCGUGCUUCGGUCGUUCGUGAUGCACCGACUCCAAGUGCAAAACGGAGACUGUCUCUGAGGGACAAUACUUCCCGCUCUCGGUCCCUUGCCCCCGGUGGUCCCAUUCCCGAAGGCGUCGAAGGUCUGAUCGGAAAUACUCCACUGUUCAAAAUCAAGUCUCUAUCCGACGAAACCGGCUGUGAGAUCCUAGCAAAAGCAGAGUUCCUGAACGGGGCGGGAAACAGCCCCAAAGAUCGCGUGGCGCUCAGCAUCAUCCAAAUCGCCGAAGAGGACGGCCUCAUCUCGCCGGACUCGGGCGACACGAUCUACGAAGGCACGGUCGGGAGCACGGGCAUAUCGCUGGCGGCGAUAUGCCGCGCGAAAGGAUACCUCGCGCACAUCUGCAUGCCGGACGACCAAGCGGAGGAGAAGUACUCCCUCCUGCUGAAGCUGGGGGCCGUGGUGGACAAGGUCCGACCGGCGCCGAUUGUCGAUCCAAACCAUUUCGUCAAUCGCGCCAGGUCGCUGGCGGAGGCGCACACUAACGACCCGGAGAAACGUGGGAGAGGGAUCUUCGCGGAUCAAUUCGAGACGGAUGCGAACUGGAUGGCGCAUUUCAACGGAACAGGACCGGAGAUCUAUGAGCAAACGACUGGCCGACUGGAUGCGUUCGUCACGGGGGCGGGUACAGGCGGUACCAUUUCCGGGGUGGCUCGGUAUCUCAAACCACGAAUUGAGCGCCUGAAGGUAGUUCUGGCGGAUCCUCAAGGAAGUGGUCUCUAUAAUCGGAUCAAGUUCGGGGUCAUGUUCGAUCCGAAGGAGCGGGAAGGGACGCGGCGACGACACCAGGUGGACACGAUCGUGGAGGGCAUUGGCAUCAACCGGGUGACGAGGAACCUGGAAGCUGGACGACAGCUCAUCGAUGAUGCGGUGCGGGUCACGGACGCGCAGGCGUCGGCGAUGGGACGCUGGCUGGUGGAGAAGGAUGGCUUGUUCGUCGGGAGCAGCAGCGCGGUGAACUGUGUUGCGGCUACGAAAGUGGCACGUCAAUUAGGUCCUGGCCACACAAUUGUUACGAUACUAUGCGAUUCAGGCACGAGACAUCUGAGCAAGUUUUGGGCAAAGGCUGGAGAUAUUGGCGGGUCAAACGAGAUGACACUCGAUGCCGUCCUUACUGCCAGCGAUUCCUGAUCGGAUUUAUCUAUCUAACGACUUGGCAAUUGUACAGUUCGUUGGGCAUGUAUCAACACGCUUGUUUGAGAUACCCAUGUGAAUAGUUCAUCCUCUGAUCCGAUUCGCACACUGCAUGAUCGGAUAACAUGGGACUUCCAUAAACAUACCAUUACUAAACUUGUCC